UUUUUUUCCAAAGCACAACUCCACAUGGUGCCCCAGUGAAUACAUUGAGAGUAAAGGAUGAACAUGCAUUGAUCUGCCUCACCCAGGAAUAGAUGGAGCUUAAUGAGCUUGAUUAUACUGAACAUUGAAAGGCAGAAACAAGUUUUAAAAGUAUUUUCUCCAGUGACUUGCUUGCAAAUGCUCCAUGAAUGAGGACUGGUGUUCAGUAUUGGAGGGGAGCCUUCUCAUCAGGUACCAUUGUGUGCAGGAACUGAUGGAGAUUGCACUGGCUGACACAGAGCACUGAGUGUUCCAUGCCUCAAGACAAAGUCAGAUCUGGUUCUACCAAGCAGCAAGUCAUUCACACAUUUAAUUCUUCUUUACAGAUAGCCUCAUUUUGCAAAUCAAGAGGAAGUCUUGCAGACCAAGUUUCUGGUGAGGCUUCCACCUUCUGCUGACAAUUGCCAGCUGGUCUUGAGAUACUCUAAAUAGUUCUUUUUUUCAGAAAUGAGAAGUGCCAAUAUUUGCAGGAAUUAGUGACACUAAUCCUUCUUUCUCCCCUCCCCCACUCACCCAGUAGUGCAAAGGAAUUGAGGUGGUUCAUCAUUCUGCCUUUCUCAGCCAGCUCAUCGUCCAGCUCUGAGCAAUGUGCAGCAGUUUUUUGUGUCGAUGUGCUCCCAUGAACUUCCUGUGUUCCAGGCUCUGUCCCCACACAACCCCAUUCAUUCUAGCUGACAUGGUGGUUCAGCAAUUUCUAUUAAACAGCCUAAUCCCGCAGCUCCUGAAAUCAACAGAGAGCAGCUUUUGACUUGUAUGAUGAACAAUGUGGGUCUUCAUUGUUAACUAUUAUUUUGAGAUGACCUGAGUAGCUCGGGAUUACCUCAGAAGGGUUUGGUCCCUCCAGUAGCCUGGGCUUCAGUCAGACAAGGUCUGCACUGUGCUGUGCUGUGCUGUGCCACUGCUCUCCCGGCUGGGUCAGCAGACUGCCCAUGUCAGCAACUUUCACUAUUACAAAAUCGGGAAAGUCACGGAGGAAAUGAAAUAGUGCAGAUAACGGGGACUUUUUUGGACAGUCAAUGAAAGUGAACCAGGCCCUUGAGAGUUGUGCGUCAAAGUCCAUUUCCACCAGCACUCCAAAUCCCGCGACCAAGGCACGUGAGAGGAGGGGAGCAGAACAGAGCAAAGUAGGGCGGGCAGAACCGGGGCGCUCUCGGCGGCGGAGGAGGGGCCCGGGGAAAUCGAAACUGCGCUCGGGGCCGGGCCAUGGCCGCCGUCAUCGAGCUCGAGAGGCUGCAGCGCGUCCUGGAGCUGCACUGCUCCUGCUGCCUGCAGCUCUUCGCGGAGCCCGUGCGGGUCACGGGCUGCGGCCACAGCUUCUGCCGGGGCUGCAUCCUCCGGUACUGCGCGGGGCGGCGCCGCGCCGCCUGCCCGCUCUGCCGCCGCGCCUUCGAGCCGCAGCACCUGCGGCCCAACCGCGAGCUGGCCGCGCUGCUCAGCCUCAUCCCGCGGGAGCUGAAGGAAACCUUGGAAGCACAGGAGGAGCCGGAAGCCUAUGGAGCUGCUGCCUGCAACGACCUGAGCUCGGCGGGGCGUGGACGUGGGGAGAAGAAUUGUGUCUUUCAGACGAUUCCUCAAACAGUCGAUUGCUUAACUAAUGAGGAAGAGAUACAGGAGAGCUCCAAGCAACAAGAAAUAACUGCAGAGACCAUCCACCUGUUGUGGAAAGAUCUCAAUAGAACAAAGGAAUAUACAUCUCAGAUCAAAAGCCAGAUUACUAAAGAUUUCUGUUGCAUGAAGGAAUAUGUUGAAAGACAGGAGAGAAACACACUGAUGUUCAUUGAACAACAGCAAAAAGCUGCUCAACAGAAAAUUGAAGAGACUAUUCACCAGCUCACAGACAUCAAAGACCAAACUAGAGACUUAUGUGAGAGACAGAUGUAUGAAGGCUCACCUUUGACAAUAAAUAAAAUUACACUUGAUGAAAAGCUUAAUAUUGUCAAAAGUGCUGUAGAAGAUCUUAAGAGAAAGUUGGAAAUUUUACUCUUGGAGAAUUAUGCUCAGCAACUCCCACCAGUGCAGCCUCCAGACUUCUACCAGGAGCCAAGUGUCAGCUCAUCACCUCCAGAGCUUGUGGCUGAGUGUCCUGAACCAGCCAUUUCCAGCCACUUUUCUCAGUGGGCAGAUGAUGUGACUUUUGAUCCCACAAGAGUACACGAGCGCUUGGCACUCACAGCCCAGAACAGGAGAGUGAUGGUUUCCAGCCAUCCCACCAGUUAUCAACCAUCCCCCAAAAGAUUCUGCAUCAGCCAAGUCAUGUGCUCACAGGGCUUCUCUACUGGGUGCCACUACUGGGAAGUGAUUACCAAGGACAGUGAUGGAUGGGCUGUUGGAGUUGCUCAUGGAAUGAUUGGUAAAAGGGACAAAUUGGGAAGAACUGAGCAUUCCUGGUGUGUAGAAUGGCUGGGUCCUAAAAAACAGCUAUCAGUGUGGCAUAAGGAUCAAGAAACAUUAUUACACAAGGACAAACCACUGAAGGUUGGAGUUUUCAUGGAGCUAGAGAAGAAGACUGUGUCAUUUUACUCUAUCGCUGACAAAGAAAUUCUUCUGCACACCUUUGAAAUCAAUACCUCACAUCCUCUCUACCCUGCUUUCUGGCUGUAUACUCUAGAAAGGAAUGGAUCUUUAACUAUAAGUCAGCCAAACAGGAGAUAAAGCCUGCUGAUAACAGGGACACUUUUGCCAAUGACUGCAGAGUUUCUAUAAAAGCCUCAGUAUUUAGCACAGGAGUGUACCAAGGAAUGAAUGCAUAACUACUCAGGCUUUCCUGGGAAUCAGCAACUGAUACUUCUGUCUGCUCUGCUUCUCCUCACACGGUGCUCUGGUCUAGUCAUACUUCAUUAAAGCAAUUCCAGCCUAUGCUAAAGGCAGUAACCACCCCUUGGGGGAGUCAGGUGGGUUUCUCAAGCAGCUUUAAGUACUCCCAGGAUAUUCCUAGGAAAGAAUGUACUUAGGAAGUUCUAAUGUUGGGGAUAGCCUUUCUCAUUGACCUCAUUUUUCCUACAUUGAUAUAAAAAAUACAGGAAAACAGACGAUGCCGUUACUUUCUGUCAAGUGAAUUUUCUUUAGACAGAUCUGAUUGACUAAGGAAUGCUCAGAGGGUAAGAAUUUUACUGAUAUUAGGUAUGAAAAUCUUUCCCUCUAGGGUAGGCACUAACUAGGAAAUAGGCUUUGGAUUUGAGGACCUGACACUUCAAGGAGGUGUGCCAGAAGAACAUAAUUUCACUGGAACCAUAUUUUAGUCUUGCAUUGGCCAAAGGGUUGUCAGUCCUGGUGCUGGGGUGACCAUGGGCAUGCUUGUGGAUGCAGAUGCUCAGGUGUGUUUGUUUAUACCAGCUAAUAAAUCGUCACUUUAGUGCCUUUUAAAGGGCCUGCAAACAGGACUUUGUCAUGGGAAGGACCAUCUGGUCUUGCCAGCAAACCUGAGACAAAGCAAGAUGUUCUCAGUUGCCUGUGGGGGAUCAGAGCUGAGGUCCCACAAAACCUACAGAGAACUUGAUUUUUGAGAUAUCCUCUGCUUCAUGCACGCAAACUGAAAACAGCAUUCCCAAGAAGCAAAGGCUUUUUCAUGAAGACUGUGGCAUUCCAGAAUUGACAAAAUAAAUAGUUUAUUGUGAA